GCUCCCAAGACUUCACAGCUUAGAGGGAGUAUUGGUCAUGGGUGGAAUGGAAGAAACUCUGUAAAGACCUAGAGAAUGGGGGAAGCUGGUUGGAGGAUAUUGUUACCUGAGUGGUAAGGGGAAAGUAUAUUUUGAUACAUCCUCCAACAGUAGAGGUUCCUGACUGGAAUAACUCAGGUGUGGUUGCUCAGGAUUUCGGCCCAACAGCUUGGGGGAAAGACCAUGUUGCUUGGUGACCUGAGGGGCUCGGGUGGACUGCAAUGGAGGAAUGGGGUGUCCUGGAUGAACGUCGGAAGGAGCUGUACAGGGACGUGAUGCAGAAGAAUUACAGAGACGUCAUCUCAUUGGGUUUCCCCAUUGUUAAGCCCAACCUGAUCUCCUGGAUGGAGCAAAGGGAAGAACCCCUGGUCCCAAACCAGGACCAAAGGCCUGAAGAAAGAAGAAGCUCAAGAGAUGCCCAUACAGAUGAGGCAACCACCAGUGAGAACGAAGAAUGGGAAGAGGAAGAAGAGGAGGAUGAAGCCCGCACGGCCCCUGAUGGGCUGGAUCCAGAGGAUACCUCAGUGGUCGCCCCAUCUGUCCUUGACUGGGAAAAGGCAUGUGAGGCACUGCAGGGUACCGGGGGCAGCGUCAGCGAUGGUAUCCCCAGUCCCAAAGUCAGAGGGGAAAAGCCCUCCCGAGGGAGGCAUCCCUGGGGCAACCGUCACCGUCGCCUGGGCUACCACCGAAUGGGGUCUGCUGCCCCAAAAUUCUUUGACUGUCCGGACUGCGGGAAGAGGUUCACAUUGAGCUCCCACCUGAUACGACACCAGCGGGUGCACACAGGGGAGAGACCGUUUGGCUGCCAGUCGUGCACCAAGAGCUUCUCUCAGCGGUCGGACCUGGUGCGUCAUGAGCGCACGCACACGGGGGUCAAGCUCUACCGCUGCACCCAGUGUGACAAAUCCUUCUCGGAGAGCUCCCACCUCAUCCGCCACCAGAUAAUCCACUCAGGCGAGAAACCAUUCAAGUGCAACGUGUGUGGCAAGCGCUACGGAGACAGUUCUUACCUCACGGUGCACCAACGGGCCCACACGGGGGCCCGCCCAUAUAGCUGCGCUUGUUGUGGCAAGAGUUUUGGCCGGUCCUCCACUCUCAUUCGCCACCAACGUGUCCAUGGCGACCCUGCCCCUGCCCCGGGGGAUAAGCCACGCCCACAGGGCAUCUGGACAGCAUUUGCUCGCCUACCAAACAGCAGAGAUGGUGACUCAGAACAAAUUCUGUCCCCUCAGAGAUCACCGACUUCUCCUGGCUCGUCCCUUGUGUCAUCCAUUUUGCCACUGCAGCCACCAUCUCACCUUGACCCAUGUUCCAUGAGGAUUAUGGGGUGGCAGUGGGGGGUAGAAUGAAGGGCAGAAGCGUGAAUAGGGGAAGAAGCAGUGUUGCUCAUGGUAACUACUUGCUGGGAAGGGAUUGGCCAGAGCAUGGGAUGUGGUUGCCAGGGAAGCAACUGGUCCUUAGGAAGAAGAAUUGGUGAUGGGCAAUCAGUUGCUAGGUAGGGGAACGGUUACCAAGGUGAUCAAAGAACUCAUGUUUUUAUCAUGAAGAGUUUAUUGAUCAUUAGACAAGGUUGGCAGGGAGAGUUUAUGGUUAAAGGAUUAGUUUGGUUGGGGAACUGUGAGAUUAUGUUAACAUUUUGGGUUCAUGGAGGUAAUUCCUUCUCAGGGAUGGAAAAACAGGAGAACGGGACACUAGAGCAGUGUCCUGGUAACCAUGGCAAUGAAGCAGGGUUGUUGGGUUACCGUGGGAACUAUUGCCAAGGAGAGAAGUGUAUUGGUUACCAGGGUGAGUCGAGGAGUGAUCCUUUGGUUUCUCAGGCUGCAACAGAGUGUGUUAGGUAGUGCAGCCAUUGAUGAGUUGCAUUGCUGUGGGAAGCCAUUUUCAAAAAGAAAGGCCAAGAUUACUGAACUGGAUGUUUAAGACUACUGGCUGAUAGGGAAGAGAGUGCAAACUUGGCACCCAAGUGGUAGUGGAGCUUUUAAAGCAAUAUUUUGAUUGUCAGAGGGGGAUGAUACAAAUUGGGAGUUGUGACUGGUUUCCAUGGUGGCUGAAAAAACGGGUGGUUGGAUUAAUGGCUUCUAGAAUGAGGCAUUAAGAGACUGGCUAGCCAUCUCUGUUAACUCUCCUCCAGGAAUGCAAAGGAUAAUCACUGGUGGGUUGAAGGCCUGCGUUUCUACUUUUGCAUUGGUCGUGAGAGGAACAGCCGCUAGCUUUUCCAGUGGUUGUAUUGAGGGAAUAUUUUCUCAAGGGAGCAAUUGUGUGAGGACCAACUAGAUGUGGUACCAUCCCCAAGUUCCCCCUGGGAACAACUCUACCAUUUUAGGGUUGAAGUUCCCUCUGUUUACAAACACCACAGAGGCCCAAUCCUGAUUGGGACUGCGGCAUGGGAGCAAGGAGAGGGGUACUUGUUCCCUCUGCCCACGCACCAUUUUCAAGGUCCCAAACAAGACAAUAGAACCCCUGCUGGUGGGCAACAAUUCCUCUGGUUCUUCCAGGCCUUUGGCCUCUGCUCCAUUUCCAGCUUCCCUUUUGAGGGAGAGCAGGAGUGAGUAUGCCUGGACAAGGGCGGCCCGUGAAGAAUUUGAAUGCUGCUGACUGAGGAAGUGGGAAGGUGGAAGGUAUGGGGUGGGUGUGGAGGAUGAAUGAACCAUCCUCACUGAACUCUUCCCUGUGCCAGAUUGGGUCUUUACUUUUGGGAAAUGAAGAGACUUGGAUGGCAGAAGGGACACCUCUAUGUGGAAAGCAGCCAUCUUGUGGAAGAAAUGAGAUUUGGAUGGCAGAACGGACGCCCCUUGUGUGGAAUGCGGCCAUCUUGUGGGAGAAGAAGUAGUAUGGAGAUAGUUACACAUUAUUUAUUGGGGCUGGAUCCCGAAACAGCAACUCAGUAACUUUUCUUUCGUUGACUUAUUUUUGGCUCGUUUACUGCAGUUUCGGGAUUAUUGACUUUUUACAAGAUGACAAAUGUAUUUAUUGAUCCUUCUGUCUUGGCCUUUCUCAUUCCUGCAUUCGUCUCUUUACAGAAUUAUCUAAUUUAGAAUCUAAAUUCAUUACAGGCAGGGAUCUUUUUUAAAAAAAUUAAAGGGUUACAAUAUGAAUAGGAUUUCUAAAAAACAAAGACCCUGAGGGGGGCCCCUUUUGCAAUGGAAAUAUUACUAAAAAUAAAAUUAGUAAUAUAUUUUUAAACAAA